CAGUACGUGGACCCUGCCAUAAAUGCAGCGGACCUGCCUACGUUAAUGGCACCACCUGAACCUCAACUCACUGAUCACAACAAUGAUGCAACAUCGAUUGCUCACCUUUCAGCUGCACAGCAGAAGCUGUUUCAGUGGGAAUACGACCGAUGGGAACGCAAGGACAUUGAGUACAGACGUCAGAAGAAAGCACUGGCUGAGUUCAACUCUGAGAUUGGCAAAACGAUUGCUGCAAAGCACCUUUACCUGAUCGAGAACAAGGACACACCGUACAAACGAUUGACAACACUCAAGAAGCACCUUGCACCAUCAGAUGCAACACGACAAUGCGAUCUUAUUGCACGAUACAAAGCACUCCAGACACCACCACGAGGCAAGAAGACUGAGGAGUGGCUACGUUCCUGGGUAGAGGUCACAAACAUGUGCAUCUCUGCUAAGGUCCCUGAGACAAUGGGAUCUCGAGCACAGGAAGAAGACUUCCUUGUUGCUUGUAGGACAAUUGACCCAGAGUAUGGGACAUCAGGACUGCGUGCUCUGAUCGACCUGGAAGAAGCUGGUACUGCUAUUCCAUCAGUGGACGACUAUGUCAGCAAAUUCACAACCUACCUUAAGCGGAUACGACCACUAUCGACAGGACUCAGCUCAAUGGCAGCAGAGCUCGACGCUUAUGCCAACCCAAUUGGCCAGAAGAAGCUGAAUGCUGCCCUUGCUGCCAAUCCUGACCUGGGAGACCGGAUCAACAAGGCACUUGACAAGUGGCGCACAAAGCAACAAGGUGGUGGAGGGAGCAUUGCCAUGGAUGAUGGCAGCCCCCCUACUAGACCGAUAGUCAACACUGUACGAUAUAUGGUACAG